AUGGCUUUUCGGCUUGCCUUGUGGACGUUAUUCUUCCUUUUUAAUGAUGGUGUAGCCAAGAAUGCAACAGAUCUGUAAGACAAAUUAUCUCUUAAAUGUCGCUGCAGGGGGUUAGCAAAGAAAAGCAGGGGCGUUUGGAAUGACAAACAAAUCUUGGAGGAUCUCAUGAAACGGUACAGAUUCCCCGGUAAGCCAUUUGUUCCAAAAUUUGAGCAGUUUGUCAUCGAUUAAUGAUAUGACCCCAGUUCUAAUCGUUUUUUGAAAUCUCGUGGUUGAUUUUUCAUCAAUAUUACAUAUUUCUAGACACGUCUGCAAACAUUAGCGUCGGGGUUCAACUGAUAUUAGAGAAUAUCCAACCAUCAGCAGAGGAUUUGGUAAGAUAAAAAAACAGAUCUAAAACACAAAGUCAGUGCAACUUAAGGCUUAUAGUUAACCAGAAAUGGCUGGAACCCAAGCUGAGGUAUGAGAAUCUAAGAGAUUCGGCCAUCCCGAUCAGGAUUCACUCGCGUAAGAUGAUAUAACUGCCGUCUUUUGAACCCAGAAAAACGAUAUACCAUUAUUUUGUUGUAGUAAACUACAUCUGGAGCCCCGAAUUGAUAUUUCUGAAUGCGUUGAACGUCAUUUCCAUCAAUCAUUACAACAUAUUUGUUUUCCCAAAUGGGAUUGUGGAAUAUGAGCAAAGGUAAGGCAGAGAAAAAAAAGUAUUAACCAGUAGAUUAGAUUACAACUUCUCAUCAAUUCCGAUGUGAACCUUGAAAACUUUCCAUUCGAGCGAAAGAACUGCUCAGUUAUAUUAUCUAACGGUAAGUUGAGGUAACCGAAAUCUUACAAGAAAGGAUGGUUUGUAUGAACGGUGUGGAUUGCAUUACUAGGUGUGCGUCAUAACAUUUCCGGAAUGGCGGAAUUAUUUUUUCCUAACAAGGGAUCGGCAAAUAGUUGCAACCUGCUUUCUUAACGAAACAUUUUAUCAUUUGAAAGAACAUUAAAAAUAAUGUACAACGCAAAGAAAAUUAGCUGCCUAAUUUACCUUAGGGCAUAAACACGACCGCUUUAUGAAAGGGGGCGGAAAUUAGGCUAAAAUUCUCUCAUUCGAAGGGACAACUCGGGUCGCGACACUUCGGAUCAACGAGACCUCGGGUCAACGACAUUUCGGGUCAACGAUACCGUUUAAUAUUUUCGCUUCGGGACUGGGAAAAAAGAAUUUUUUGAUGAAUUUGAAAAAUUUUUGAAAUGUUUUCCCUUCGGGAAUUGGAAAAAAUAAUAAGUCGGAUAAAUUGAGCGUCGCAAAAAAAGUUAACUAGCUGUUGUAGCUGAUGUCCGGGCGUCAUGGAAUCGACUUCUGGACCUGAGGAUGAGCCGAUCAUUUCUCCAGGGCGCCGGAGAAUGGAAGAUUCUUAACUUCACCACAGGGCAUCCAAAGGAAGUUAAAAUAUUGUUGAAAAGGUCGUUGAAUUUCUGGAUAUGCACCGUGUUCUUACCAUCUCUGGCCUUUUUAACCUGUUCUACCUUCUCCGUAUGGUUUUAUCAACUUGGAGAUAGAAGACAGCUGAUGGUUACUACUUUGUCUUUCAUCGGCAUAGUCGUUGUGGUAUGAUAGCUUCACCUCAGUCAUUAUUCCUUUAUUUAUAGUCUUGUUAUGCCCACGAUCGCAGUCCGAAAACAACGUAUUGGAAGGCGAUAGACCUCUGGACGAUGGCCGUUACGAUUACAAAUCUGGCAUUGCUUUUGUCCACCGUUGUUCUUAGUGCGUACCAGAGGCAGACCGGUUACUCUAACUACAUAAAUACGGUGAGUUUUUACGGUUCAGUUUUAAUAUUUUUCACUUGAGCUUACAGUUUUAAUUAAUUUAUGAUUAAAGUUGUCGGAGGAUGCCCAUCCAUUGGACAAACGAAGGUGGAUAGUGGCGGAAACCCCGUAUUACUCCCAAGUGUUGGCCGAUUUUCCAAGCCACAAUCAGCAUCAGAAGUUUAUCAUAUUGGGUAUUAUCCUCUCAAUGUUCGGAAGCUUUUUGUUUUACUUUUUGUUUAUAACGGUAUUACCGUUUUACAAGAAUUAA